CGCGGCGCUGAACGCACGCGGAUUGCAUAUAUUUAUUUUAAUUUUAUUGUCAUAAAUUAUUUUAUUUUUAUUUUUCAUCGAUAAUUCGCUGCAAGAAUGGGACAACACUAUUUAUUUGGAUUUAUGAUCGUAAUUACAUGCUUCUUCUUGGAGGCAGCUUCGAGACCGUCAAAUAAUGAGUCAUCGACCUCCUUCAAAGUUGAAGUACCCGUUGAAGAUUUAGUCGAAGAAGAUCAGAGUGAAGAGACAUCUCUCCCAAGUGAAGAGUACGUUGCACCGCAGAAUGAGAACACAAAAGAAAUCUUAGAGAAAAUCAAAGCUAUAAACGAAAGACUGAAGAAACCACAUCAUCGACAGCAAACCAAUUACAAUGCACCUCCUUAUGCUAAUGGUGGAUAUGUUCUAGAUAAAGCUAUUUUAGAGAAAAUCCAGCAAAUGAUAGCUUCAGGCAAGCUUCACGGAGUUCCCAGUACACAGAAAGACCAAGAAAGCAACACAUUAACGAGUGAAAAAGAAGAUAACGAAUCAAGAGAAGGAAACUCCAGAGCUUUGAGAUAUGUUCAACAAGCGCUCACAAGUAACUCCUUGUCAGGACAACCGACAAUAGUGCCCCUUCCUUACGUGACAAGUAUUCCUGUUGUAGUUAUGCCAAAUGUUAAUGGUCUCACUGGAUACAGUACAACAAAUGUUAAUGGACUUACUGGAUAUCCUGCAUCAAAUGAUUUAAGCUUACAAACAGCAGGAGAAUAUUUGACACGACAGGGACCAUCCCUUCCAUUCAAUAUUCAAUGGCCUCUGGCACCUUUCUUCCCAGUUUUACUAAAAGAUCCUCUUUUACAUUACCUUCAAGGUGGCACCUGGCAAAACUUAAUAGAAUACGGACAGAGUGCUGACGUUUGUAACAGAAAACAAAAAUCUACUGACGUCGAACCUUCUAUCAAUGAAGAAGUUGAGCAGGAAAAUGAUGAAGAAAAUCAAACGGAGGACAGCAUUUAUCUUAACCCAGUCAACAUUUUUAAAUCAAGACAAGGAAGGGCAAGGAAAUUAAAGAAAAGAACUAUCCCAAAGUCAACACCAUUGCAAUUGACCGACGUGAAGGGUCUUCCUAAUAUUUUUGCACCAAAACCAGUCACCACUAAGCCUGUGGCUACAAAACCAGUUAAAAAAGUCGAGUCACUUCAGAGUACAAAGCACGCCGCUGAUGAAGGCGACUUGCGAUUUCCAUUUAGUGACUUUACAUGGUUUGGGAACAGAAAACCUGUAGCGCCGAGUCCUGGAUUCUUCAUAAACAGAUUGAAAGUUCGAAGGGGUGGUGUGGCUAUUGCUGGCCCUGGAGGUGUGGCUACGGCUGGGAGAGGAGGCACAGCGAUCGUGGGUCCCGGAGGCUUAGCUUACACACAACCUGGAGGUCUUGCAGUCGCCGGUCCGGCUGCCAGGAUAGUAGCUCUAUCACCAGACACUGACUUGAACUCUGUCGUCACCCGCCUGCAUGAGCAAUCAGCAAGCGGUUGGGGAAGAUGGCGAGACUGGAGACGGUUUGGAAGACAGAGCUGGUUCGACAAAGAUGAAUACUAUUACGACGGCUACCAACUAGUCAGAGAGCCAGUCGAGGAGAAGCCUACGUUCACGCUGUUCAUAAAACCUGAAGCGCAUGCGACUAAUGCUAAAGGAGUGGCGAUAGCUAAUCCAGUAUCUUACGUGGUACUCACUCAAGGAAGACCAGGCUCUAUAGUCCAUGCACCAGUGGCUUCUGCAGUUGUCGGACCAGGAGGCAUUGCCCAUGCUCAAUCAGAUCUGGGGUCCUUACGAGUACAGUACCUACCCUUCUACGGCGGAGCGAAAGGCCAAUACUUAGAAGUGAAACAGGAUACAGCAGGCACAGUCGUUAGCGAGAAAAUCGUUUCGGAAGAAAACAUUAGCAGUGAAAACAUUGUCAAAAACACUGAAGAAAACCUCCUGGCCAAAGUACUAGGAGCUAACUUGCAGAAUUUAAAGACCUUAUCUUCUAGUGUCUUGAAACUGCAUAACCUAGGUCGGAAGACAGGAAGCCUAGGUAACAAUGAGAAGGCUAGAUUCAAAAGUGAACUCUCUUCGCUAGGAGAAACUGCUUCGAACACUAUCAAGUUGAUUGAAGAAAUAGGAGACAAUGUGGAUAUACUCUUCAAGAGUAAUGCUUCGAAACGACAAUAUCAGGAGGAGGAUGUUGGUGAAGAAGGCGUUGGAAUUGAUAAUGCUGAAGAAGAACCAUCGUUUCCUCUUGAAGGUGCCAUCAUCGCUGAAGCCAAACCUGUUGGUCUCGCAGUAGUAGGAGAGCAGGGUCUAGCAGCCUCAAGACCUCAUGCUACCGCAGUAGCUUCAUCGGGCAUUGCGAUAGCUCGCCCCGUGGGCACUGCCAUCGCUGGGAUCGAUCCCACGCUUCUUGGCAUCGACUUCAACGUUAAUAAGUCCUAAACUGUGAAAUAUGUCAGCAUCGUCAUUUUAUAUCGUAGUAAUUUAAUUGUCAGCUAUUAGUUACUUUCCUUUAUUGUGGUUUGGAGUCUGAUCUUCGGUUUAUUUAAUAGUAUAUUGCACAC